CUCAGGAGCCCGGAGACCCUUACUUCCUGGCUCGUUGAAAGUACACGCAUUUCUUCAUACCUAUCAAGAGAAACAGAUAGCAAUGGCGUCCUGCCAUGGAGCAUCUCUCCCGGACAUUAUGGCCAUUGGUCCCGAUCAUGAAUCCAUUGUCACCUGGAAACAAAGGUGCGGGAUCCAGCGGGAGAAGCAGAUCCGCUUGGUGAGGCUGGUGCAUAUGCGGUAUCAACAUCCAGAUUUGGAAGAGAUCACGACGUUUCUGCAGGAUUUCGGCAUGUUCGUUGCUAAACAAACAAAAGAGCAGAUCUGGUAUCGGGGUUAUGGGGUGGAUCAGUACGUUUACUACGCCAGAAAGGGAGAAAAGAAGUUCUUGGGGGGAACAUAUGAGGUUGAAUCGUAUGCAGACUUGGAAAGAGCGUCUCAACUCCCAACCGGAUCCGCCAUCCACGAAUUGAUCGAUGCACCUGGCGGAGGUCAUAUGGUCACCGUCAUUGAUCCGGAAGGCUUCCCUGUGAAUCUGAUGUACGGCCAACAGCCUGCGACCCCAGGGGUGUAUCCGGAAAACUUGAUCUUCAACACCGAGACAGAGAAACCACGCAUGCGCAGAUUCCAACGAUUUGUUGAGGGGCCGGCGCCUGUUCAUAAGCUGGGUCAUUAUGGCCUCUGUGUGAAGGACUUCCCUGCAAUGGUCGCUUUCUACACCACAACAUUCAAUUUGGUCCCUACUGAUUUCCUCCAUGUCGGGGAGGGAGAGGACAAAACCAAUGUCGCGCUCUUUGCGCACAUUGAUCGGGGAACUGACUAUGUGGAUCACCAUACCUUUUUCAUGAGUGCCAAUAGCGCUUCCCACGUCCAUCACUGUUCGUUUGAAGUGCACGACUUCGACACCCAAAAGCUGGGGCAUCAGUGGCUCGCAAAGAGGAGGUAUACCUCUGUGUGGGGAGUGGGAAGGCAUAUCUUAGGCUCGCAGAUUUUUGACUAUUGGUGGGAUACCACAGGAAACAUGAUCGAACAUUAUGCCGAUGGUGAUAUUGUUAAUGAGGACACGCCGAUUGGGUACGGACAAGCGGGGGAUGCCUCCCUAGCCAUCUGGGGGCCGGACGUGCCUGCGUGGUUUCUUGAGUAG